AUGCUUACCAGAAUCUCCCGUUUGGCACCUGCUGCCCGAGGCUUUGCUACCUCCUCCGUCAACCGAUCCACAGCCGCCAUGGACUGGCAGGAUCCCUUCCAGCUGGACUCUCUUCUCACCGAGGACGAGAUUGCCGUGGCUGAGGCUGCUCGAGACUUCUGCCAGACAGAGCUCUACCCCAAGGUACUUGAGGGCUACCGAACCGAGGAGUUCCCCCGAAGCAUCAUGAAGCAGAUGGGUGAGGUUGGUCUGCUCGGAACAACCGUCAAGAGCCACGGAUGCCCCGGCAUGUCUUCUGUCGCUUACGGUCUCGUGGCCCGAGAGGUCGAGAGGGUCGACUCCGGCUACCGAUCUGCCAUGUCUGUGCAGUCGUCGCUGGUCAUGCACCCCAUUGAACAGUUUGGAUCCCAGGAGCAGAAGGACCGGUUCCUGCCCAAAUUGGCCUCCGGCGAGAUGAUCGGCUGCUUCGGUCUCACCGAGCCUAACCACGGUUCCGACCCUGGAUCCAUGGAGACCGUCGCCAAGAUGCACCCUACUAAGAAGGGCGUCAUUGUGCUCAAUGGAGCCAAGAACUGGAUCACUAACUCUCCUAUUGCCGAUCUCAUGGUUGUGUGGGCCAAGUUGGACGGUAAGAUCCGAGGCUUCCUUGUCGAGCGAUCUCAGGUCGCCUCCGGCCUCGCUACUCCCGCCAUCAAGAACAAGACCGCUCUGCGAGCCUCCAUCACCGGUAUGAUCCAGAUGGACGACGUUGAGAUCCCUGUGGAGAACAUGUUCCCCGAGGUGACCGGUCUCAAGGGCCCCUUCACCUGCCUCAACUCUGCCCGAUACGGUAUCGCCUGGGGAACCAUGGGCGCUCUGUCCGAGUCCAUCAAGCUCGCUCGAGAGUACUCUCUGGACCGAAAGCAGUUUAAGGGCCAGCCUCUGGCCAAGUACCAGCUCAUCCAGAAGAAGCUCGCUGACGCUCUGACCGAUGCCACCUACGGACAGGUCGCUGCCAUUCAGGUCGGCCGGCUCAAGGAUGCCGGCAAUUGUCCUCCCGAGCUCAUCUCCAUGAUUAAGAGACAGAACUGUGACCGAGCCCUCGCUGGCGCUCGAAACCUGAUGGAGAUCUUUGGCGGUAACGCUGCCUCUGACGAGUACCACAUUGGCCGAAUUGCCGCCAACCUGUGGGUUGUCCAGACCUAUGAGGGCCAGUCUGAUAUCCAUGCUCUCAUCCUGGGAAGAGCCAUGACCGGCGUCCAGGCUUUUGCUUAA